GUCUGCGCUUAUUACAAGGAAGUCAUCACGUCCCUUGCAUGGAUUUGUUUGUGUGUCAGCUAUUUGAUAUGAAGUUGGAUGUAGUUGGAUCAUCAGGCAAUACAAUCAGAGACCCUGAUACCGAGCAUCUGAAUGGGUGUUUCUCCAGACCUAGACCACACCAACAUGUGGAGGAAGUGGCGAGGAUCCCUCUUACUCGUGACAUGGAUUAUACUUCAAGUUCUAUGUCCAGCUGUCUCUGGCCUGAGAGAAAGGACUGCCUGUUACAACUUCCCGUUGAUGGUCGAUCCUCCGUGUGCCGCUACAGAGAUGCUUCUUCCUACCAUGUUUACACUCGGGGUGUCCUCUGACGUCACAUGUCACAGUGAAAUAACUGGAACAAGCUUAAGACAGAAGGGAGAAGACGAAAUCAGACGUUGCUGUCAACAGCGUGAGAAUGAUACAGUGACAGAUUACUGCCUCCCUGCCAUGAAGAACCAACUCCCGGAUCACUACUACCUGGACUUUGUGAACACGUGCACGGCCGCUGCAACAUGUCAGCUGUCUUCAUCUGGUAGUAAAGUGCAGCACACUGCUGGUGAAGACUAUGUCACAUUCACGUUUGAAUGUGUGCACAAGGACACUGUGCUGCACAUCCAACGUGAUUCCACACACACAGGACAGGAGGUGUACCUGUACAACGACCAACAUGACGGGGAGGCCCAUGCUUACUGUCUAGCAUACUCUCAUGGAUGUAACUCCCAUGUCAUAAUACAACUUGCUGCAACACGAGUUGUGUCACCCGCCUGCGUUGUGGACUUCACUGAUGGGGAUGUGUCAACCAGGGUGGACUGUAAGAACCAACCUGCAUCAAGAAACUGUUCCAGCGCAAUGUUUGAGAGCAAGUCGAACUAUGUUAACAUGUCAAUAUUCAUGACAGUCGAUCCUGGAGGUCAAGAAAAAGAAUUUCUGUGGAUACGAGCGAAAGCGGAUACAGGUAAAAAUGUUACCGUCGUCUGUGGAGCCAACAUUCCUGCAGAUGUGUCACUGUCUAACUGUCCAACAUCUGCAUCAACUACUACAACUACAGCUACUGAUGUUGCUGAUACCACUGCUACUACACAAACAGUGACCUCCAAAAAUGCCUCCAGCAACCACAAACCGGUAGCUGAGGUGCUUAUCAUCGGCAGCAGUGUGGGAGGAGUCAUCAUGAUAGCAAUCAUAGUGACAAUCACGGUCUGUGUCCGACGAAAGAAAAGAAACAGUUCAGAGAAAACAAAUCAAACACGUGGACACAUAGAAGAAAACCACGAGGAUGGGAAUGAGCCAAGCGGUACCCGGAACUCUUUAAGUGAUGGAUACGUGCCUAACCCAAUCUAUGAAGGAACUGAUGACUACAAGUUGGAGCAAUUGCACAGGAAGACUAGCGGUGACAUUAACGAGGGCUAUGAACCCGGACUGGAGUCACCUUAUGGCUUCACGCACUCAGGACCAGCACGUUCGGGCCUCAGUCUGGGCAAUACCUCCUGGGUGACGCAAGGACACCUAGACUAUUUUGACGACAAAGUUUUCAACACAAUUGGGGGAAAUUCAGAAGAGAAAAGCAAUGGUAGAGUUUCAGAUCUCUAUGCCAAUGUGAACAAAGCACAGGGCACUGAUCAGGUGACGGAUGUGUACACUCAAGUAGACAAACCCAGGAAGCCUGCUCGUGGAACAUCCGGGCAGUACUCUGAUGGAGAUAACCCAGGGCAGGAUGAGGACAUUGCAGCCAUGUACGCAAAGGUUCAGAAGAAGUGACUCGACAUUUGAAGGUCAUCUGUAUCAGGACAUCAUAAUGUGAAUGCAUGUAGCGGUAAACUAUGCUGGAAGAAAUUGAUCGCGUUUGUAUGCUUUAAAAGGUAAAGUUUUGCAUUAUUCUAUGAAACCUUGUGUCAUGUGCAUCUAGACAUGGGCGUAUAAUCAUGCAUAUUUAAAUUACACAUGGCUUUGAAUAACAAAAAUAUGUUUACACUGGAUCUACACAUAUGCGAUGCUAUUGUGCGUAACACAUCAUUACAAUCAACUUAGGUAAUUCUUUCGCAUCUAUCAUUUAAUUGCUGUUAAAGGUGUUUUGUCAAGUAUGUUCUCACUUGUUAAAAGUCUUAUAGAUUAUAGCUCAAACGCGUAUUUACCCUUUUCUGUCCACGUGUGUUGUUCAUUCUGCAGUAACAAAUGUUUACUUAUUAGUGCAUAUUGUUGUCUAUUGCUUGUGUUUAUUCAUUUUUGAGUGAAUUUAUUUUGCGCAUUUUCCCAAACUUUGCUAUUUGUGAGCUGGAUAAGACUAUGUUCAUAUUAAUUCCAUUAACUAUGCUGUUCGUACAUAUCCAAAGUGCGGGUGUAAUUCUGUGUGUUUUUCACUACCAUGUUAAUUGUUCACCUGAAAAAAAGCAUCGGAACAUAUGGUACAAGUCAAAAUAGGGAAUUGCAUCGGACAUCAUGUUUGUGACUGAUGCAUCAAAUUUGGAAAUGUUCUCCAAAUGUCUACCAUAAAACUUUUUGAAAGCUUUACUGAGGCCUUGAAUGUUGUAACCUUAAUCAAACAACUUCUGAGCAAGAGUCGUAUGACGCUCUUUGAAAUCUUUGGUUGAAAAAGCAUGCUCGAUCGUAUCUCAAGAGUUGUGAAACGUAAACACCAAAGGCUGGAGCAGCUGGAAUAUCGCUCGACCUGAAGGG